AUGCCCGAGGCCAAGGCACGCCCCGCCCGUGCCAACAGCUUCCACCGCAUGCUGGAACUCGAGAAGCAGUACAUGCUUGAGCGACUUCAGACGAGCAAGCCUCCGCUCGACCCGCAGUCCCCGGCCAGCCAUGUGUCCCCGGUCCGCUCCAGCAUCCAAGCUCGCCGCGCCGAGGUGCGCCCGCCGCCGACGUCUGAGCCUCGACGGGGACCUCGCCCCUUGGUUAUCAACACGGCGGCCCCCAAGAAAACCGUGCCUGCACCCCGCGAGCCUGUUGUCGACGACGCCCCUGCAGCCGUCGCCUCCCCCGUCGACAAGCCCGGCCCAAAGGUUGUCGCUUUUGCGUUCCCCCCCAAGGAGAUGGCCAAGGACACGAGCAAGGACAUGGACCGUCGGUCCAUCUGCGUCUCCCCCAGCUGGGAGUCGCAGUCCCGCCGCCGGGAGGAAAAGAAGAUGAUGGAAAAGAAGAAGCGCGAGGAAAAGGACCGCGAGAAGGAGGAAGCCAAGACGGCCCGCACCCGGAGAGGACGGCUCAGCAAGCUGCCGCCGCUGGGCCACCGCGAGCCCAAGCCACCGGCCCCGAGUCAGACCGCACCCAGGGAGCCGCUGUCGGUGCCCUCGUCCAAGAGCACGCCGACGCUCCCGUCCCUGAUACCCGUGUCGAAACCCCAGGAGCCGGAUCGCGGACGCAAGGAACAUCGCAACUCCUUUUUCGGCAAGGAUGAACAACAACAGCCCAGGAAGACACGCAGCCGCUCGAGCUCGUUUGCCUCGCUCUUCCGUUCCCCGUUUGAGCGGCGCCGCUCCUCGGUUGACCACUCCUCGGAACCCGAGUUCAUUGGCGGCAUCAAGCUCGAGCUCGAGCGCCACCUCGACGGCGAGCGGGCGGCCAUGGCGCAGGCGGGGGCCGACGAGGGCGAAAUCCAUCCAGCCCUGCGUGAUAACAAGCCCGCCCUCAAGUCGCCGCCGCCUGAGGGCAAGGACCCGAACCGACGACACUACCCGCCCAUCACGCGCCACGGCAAGGCGCAAAACGCCCGGGCCCUCGUCUCGCCGACCGCCCCGGCCGUGCCCGACGUGCCCAAGGCCGACAAGUGGAGGGUCCGCAUGGGACUCAAGCCCAAGGCCGAAGAGCAACCGGCCCCGGCCGCCUCUCAGGAGAGCAAAGACGCGAAACCUGCCGCCCCGGUGGUCUCGCAGGCCACCGCCAACCCGGCCGCGGUGACGGCGCCUGCCGCCGGCCGAACCGAGGAACAAGACAUCAGUAACAAUGAGUCCAUCCCCAGCGUCGAGUCGCACGGGUACCGGACGGCACCGUCGUCCCCGUCGCCCCCUCACCGAAGCCCGAAACGGUCGCAGCAGAGCUUCUCCGACGGAGAGGGGAAGCCGCCCAAGACGCCCGUCGCCGAGGUCAAGGCCGAGACCCUCUCCACGCUGUCGGUGACGCCCAAGGCCAGCGAGUUGUCGCGGCCCGCGCCGCCCGGUACGCCGAUGCAGGGCACGGAGCCGUCGUCGGACCCGGCCGCCGACCAGCAAGCGGCGAAGCGGCCGAGCUCAUCCGAAGACUCGUGCUCCGAGGAGUAUCACUCGCCGUCGCCGCCGAGCACGCCGGCCACGUCUCGGCCGCAGUCGGAAAGGGGGGUGUCGGCCGACAGGAGCAAGGCGCUGACGCAACGGACGAGCGCCGCCGUGGACGAGGACAUUUACGAGAUCCAGGCCGCGGCCGACAGGGUGCUCGCCGACUUCGACAAGCCGUCUCCUGAGCGCCUCUCGUUUGAGAAGCAGCGCAGCAGCUUCGAGACGAUGCCCGAGCCGAGGUCACAGCCCGGGCGCCUCAAGGACAGAGCCUCGCUCCCCUCCGUAAACCGCAUGUCGGUCCCUGCGCGCAAGGCCAUCGCAGCGCGAGAGCACUCGCAGUCGCCCCGGCCCGCGGCGGCGUCGUACCUGCAGGAGGCGCGCAAGCUCGUGCCCAUCGCCCCGCCGACGCGGGCGGGGAAGCAACGUCUGGGGCCGCCCGCGUCCUUUAUCCUGCCCGGCGACCUGCCGUCGCCGUCGGUGCGCUCCGAGGCGUCGCGGUCGUGCGAGACCAUGUUGACGACGACAACGCGGUCGCUCGCGCGGCACUCGACGGCGAGUCUGCUCCCGGGCAUGGACCGAGAGCCAGUGGCCAAAUUCUUCGUCGAGUGCUGCGGGUGCAAGUACUACCACGACAUGCCGAGCAACCUCUACGAGGCCAUGGCGGACCCGGGGGCGAUGCUGGCGCAGCGAGACACGAUGGGGUACGUGGGGUCGAUUUCUGUACAGGUCAAGUGCCCGUGGUGCAGGCACGAGAUGAGCACAAAGUGCUGCGCGGGGUUGGCGGCCAUGGUGUACGUGACGGAGCGGUUACACUGA